ACUAACAAAGGGGAUGAGCUCUCGAACCGCAUCCAGAAUACGCUGGGCAACUAUGAUGAAAUGAAAGACUUGUUAACUGACCGAUCAAACCAGAGCCACCUUGUUGGUGUUCCAAAACCUGGGCUUCCUCAGACGUCUCUCCCCAAGCCUGAUGAACAUCUUAUUGCAGACUCAAGACCGCUGCCUCCUCCUCCUCCCCUUUCCAGCACUACUUCUUCCACACCAGCAGCCCUACCUGCACAGCAGAGCAAAAGUGCCACGAUGGGUUGGCAGAAGGCCGGGCACAAUGCCGCUUCAGAUGGCCAGCAGAGAGCGAGCAAGCACGGACACCGGUCGCUGGAGUCACACAAGGGUGACUUCAAACUGGCGAACCAAAAAUCCAGUCUGGAGAAACUAAAACGCUAUGCAUCGAGUCCCACUUCUUCCUCCUCCUCCUCCUCCAACACUGCCCAGCAAAGCUCACUGAGGGCCACACUAGGAGACAACGUCAACAGAGUGCAGCAGCCAGCAAAGCUCAGUUGUAGCUCGGAAGGAGGAGCUCAAGCGCAAGAGAGGCCAGCAAAGCACGGUGGCGGGCACUGCGUCCAAAACUUCCCCCCCUCUCUUGCUUCGAAGCCCAGUCUGGUUCAGCCGAAACCGACAGCUUAUGUCACGCCAAUGGACGGUCAAGACCAGGCUCCUGAUGAGUCUCCAAAGCUGAAGUUACCAGCAGAGACGACCAAGUCGUAUAGGGGAGUGCCUUCUAACAAGCCUGAUUCGGCCAGGACCAAGUCAAAGAUAGCCAAGUUCAGCAUUCCUAAGCAAGAAGAGUGGUCCGGGCUGAGGAACCAGCUGGAAAUGAUGUGGGAGGCUGGGGCAGAGGACAUCCUGUCCCCAGACCAAGGCCGGGCACGCUUGCGGCUGGCCCCUGGCCCUGAGCAAGCACAGCCAGGGCGCAUCGACGUCAAAGCAGAGAGCAAAACUGAAGAGACCGAGCUCCCAAUUCUCUGCUCAGGUUUCGAUCUUGGCACGGCAGAUGAGGCUCAGUCCUCGGAGGAGGGAGAGCAGCUUGGCACCGACAUCACUGCUGCCCCUCUGCCAGUGCGCAGGGGUGACGCUCUGCCACGUGUGCCAGUCCCUGCUCGCCUGCCUCUUCUUGCUGUCGGGUUUCAGGGGGUGUUCACACCUCAGGAGUGA